AUGCAAUAAGGUUGGGAGAACACGUUGUCCAUUUUUCAAGGUAGCUUAUUAGGCUUUGGUUAUAUAACUUCCAUGCUUUAUAGUGUGAUUGAAAAUCAAAGAAAUGUAUCUGAAAUACUACCUUAACGACAAUGGAGACAGAGUUUACACCUUAAAGGCAGUAGAUCCAUUGGGAAGGCCAACAUUUUCAGCCCAUCCUGCACGUUUCUCCCCAGAAGAUAAAUACUCCAGACAGAGGAUUAUCAUCAAGAAAAGAUUUGGGCUGCUUCCUACCCAGCAACCCAGGCCAGUUUAUUGACCUGAAGUUAUUCCAUGAAUCUUUUCAAAUAUGUCAUUAAUGUUCUUUAUUUGUAGAUAUUUUUGAUGCACUGUAUUGUUUUUCAUUUGUUAUCAACAUAAAAGACGUAGGUACUGGAAACAAAAUAUAUAUAUAUAGUAAUUCCAACAGAUAUGUACAUCCUAGCUUUUACAAACAAAAAUGUCAAUGAUUUUUAAAAAAAGAGAAACUGAAAAAACUGUUGGAUGUGUUCAAACAGCCCUCUCAGUGACCUUACUUUUGUUGCUUUACUUAUAAAUCUCCACUUUUCUUCAAAA